AUGGCAGACUUUGUGUCGCAGCCCGAAUUCGUAGAGGUGGAGCUGGGCGAGAGUCUGAUUUCGAGAACAGAGACGUUGGCUUCUUUCAGAGAGCUCGGUCCACCAGAUCUCUGUCACGUCAUCAAGAGCUCAGGACGAGCAGCGGUCAAAGAUGUCGGAUCGUAUCAUUACGUGUCUGGAGUGGACGCGUCCAGCUCUGCUGCCCUUGCUGCAUACAUCAACAGCUUGACAUACGAGCUGGAUCAGAAUCAAGCGUGGUUCUCGGCAAAAGGCGGCUGGAAGCUGAAGAGUGGGGCGUACUGCUGCUUCAAUGCUUUCUCAAGGGUCGAUGUGCGGGUGGAAGUCCGCAUUCCUGGCUCCGUGGACGCUUACGUCGUGGACUUGCGAGGAGAACGACACGAGACUACACCGGAAAUCUGGCAAGAAGUGUACCUCUCAGCACUCCUCCGAGCCAUUCUGUAUGCGGACGACGCCAACUAUCGUCUGGCGGGGUACAGGAAGCUGGACCCCAUCAGUUCGCCAGAUGCCGAACAUCGCUUCCUGCAAGCUGCCGAAAACCUCUUCUUCAAGGGCUGGCAGCUAGGAUCUGAACCCGAGAUCCAAGUCGCUACCGUCGUCUCCAACCAUCUUACCAAUGGCAUCCUCAAGUACUUUGGCGAUGCUAACAGGUACGAUCAGGCAGUGAACCUUUUUGAGAAGCUGUACGCGAGGGAGCCGGAAGUUGCAGCUCUCGUAGCUGAAGCCUACAUCGGUCUAAACGAGGAAGUAAAGGCUGUGCAGACCAUGCACAGAGCGAUCAAGGAGACACCGCAGAGCUAUGCGCUCUUGCAUGUCCAGGUCGAUUUCUUGCGAUCCAAAGGCAAACCCGAGUGGGCGGCGAGGCUGGCCAAGCAGGCUGUCAAUUGUGCGCCUAGCGAAUUUGUCACGUGGGCCAAGUUGACGGAGUGCUACAUCGAGCUGGGACAGUGGGAAUCCGCGCUCUUUACUUUGAACUCCUGCCCCAUGUUCACCUACAACGAGAGGGAUCUGCACAGGAUGCCGACCCCUGCGAGGAGUCACUUGCCAGUGAAACAAUUCAUCCAAGAGAGCGGUCUGCUGAAUGAGGACAGCGCGAGGGACAAUGAGGCGGACGUAGCGCUGCUUAGGCUUCCCGCACCAGCAUUGAGGGGCACUUUCGCAAGAGCCUACGCGCUUUUGUCCCGGCUCGCUUCCAAGAUAGGAUGGGACGAAUUGCUGCGAUGUCGGUCGGCUGUAUUCGUCAUGGAGGAGGAGUACAGAGCUCAGAAAGCAGCGCACGACGUUGAGCCUGAGACUGCCGGAGGAGAUGAUCCGGUAGAUCAGAAAGUCAAGGAGGAUCAAGCAGAGGAGUCAAGGCUGCCAGUAGAAGAGAGAUCUGUUGAACAGAUAUCCGAGCCUGAAGCGGUCGCGGACGAGCAUGGAGGAGAGACUGAUAUGCCGCCGUUGCCAGCCUAUGAUGAAACGCAGGCCAAAGAAGCAGAUGACGUUGUCGAGAAGCUGGACAGGCUGGGAAUCGAUAGCGCAGCUGGAGCAUCUAGCCAAUCCAUCCCUACCAUCAAGAUCUCCACAGAGUCAGAUCACGAGCGAGAAAAGGCCGAGCUGGAAACUUACAUGCGGGAACAAGACGAGACGAACGGAUCGGUCGCAGAAGUGAUUGAGCAAAAGGCUGCCCCUCAGCAAGUGCCACAUGUGCACGUGGAUCCGCCACCGCUUGAGAAGCCUGCGCAAGCACAGCACCUUUCCGGCCAUACUCGGUCGGAUUCUUCAGCUGCUGCCUCGGCUGUUCACGCCGACGGCGCUGCAUCGACAUUGAAUGGACAAAACGGACAACCUGCUCACACGGCUUCUGGCGAAGCGCAGCAAAACGAGGACACGGCACAUGCUCACGCUUCUGCUGGAUUCUCCUUCACCAACAAGAGGCUGUGCGAAAGGUGGUUGGAUAAUGCAUUCAUGGUGUUGUACGAGGAUCUGAGAGUGUACACCAUCUGGAGAGCGGAGAUUGUACACUACAGGUCUCAGAGCUUGCCGUACUCCAAGACGGGUACAGAGUGGGAGAUCUUGGGCGAGCUAGCGCUGAGGUUGAAUCACAAGGAAGAGGCAAAGGACGCUUUCCAGAGAUGCGUGGAUGGUAAAUUCUCCGCCAAGGCGCUGCUGCGCCUGCUCGAAAUCUUCUCGGAGCAGAAGGAUGUAGAACGGACCUUGUGGGCGGCUCUCCGAUUGACAGCCUACCACCAUCGAUGGUACAUGGAAGGCGCCUACCCCUCGGCAGUGGCCAAGAGCUUGUACAGGCUUAUCAGAGAAGUUGGUCUGAGCAAGGUAUCCUACACGCUCGUCUCUAUGAAUCCACCACAGCCGAUCUUGCGGCUCAGUGAGUAG